AUGAAGACGGCUGUGUUUCUCAGCUGGCUCUUCUGGGGAAGUUUAUCCGCGGGGUGCAGCCAUGAGAAGCAUGACGAGAGGGAAUGGACCAAGGAGGAGCUGGCCGAGCUGGAGGCGAAAUGGGGAACCGAUUGGUCAUUUACUGGGUUUGGUUCGUUUGCGCACCUGGACUAUGUCAAGUGUCUAACGAAUCCCGCUGAGAAAUUCGAUAUUGCCAUUGUCGGAGCGCCAUUCGACACAGCCUUGAGCUACCGUCCAGGCGCGCGUUUCGGCCCCAGAGCCAUCCGCCAGGCUUCAUCCCGACAAACUGCCUUUCGAGGCUUCAACCCUCGCGCCAACAUCAACCCGUACCAGAACUGGGCUAAGAUUGUGGAUUGCGGCGAUAUCCCCAUUACGCCGUUUGACAAUAACAUUGCGAGGGAGCAGAUGACGCAGGCGUUUAAGGAGCUAGGUGGGAGGGGGACUGUGUCGGCGCUGAGUUCGAGGCCGAAGAUUAUUACGUUGGGAGGGGAUCAUAGUCUUGCGCUGCCUGCUUUAAGGGCGUUGAAGGGGAUUUAUGGGCGGCCUGUGAGGGUGCUUCACUUUGAUGCACAUCUUGAUACUUGGGAUCCGGCUGCGUAUCCGUCGUAUUGGGGGGCGACUCACUUUAACCACGGGUCUAUGUUCUGGAUGGCCAACCAGGAAGGCCUCUUGUCUAAUGCUACGAACGAGCAGUCUGUGCAUGCUGGUUUACGUUCAAGGCUUAGUGGCGUCACGAACUUCGACAACGAGGACGACACGGCGCAGAAUUGGAUCCGGUUCUCUGCGGAUGAUAUCGACGAAGUGGGCACCAAGGGCAUCGUCGACGGUAUCAUGAAGACGCUGGGCACGGAGGAUCCGGUGUAUCUAUCUCUCGAUAUUGACGUCUUGGACCCGGCUUUUGCUCCGGGGACGGGGACGCCGGAGCCGGGCGGAUGGACGACGAGGGAGCUGAUUCGGAUCCUGAGGGGCAUCGAGGGGCUGAAUAUCGUGGGGGCGGAUGUGGUGGAGGUUGCGCCGGCGUAUCAGGGGCAGGGCGAGGAGACGGCUUUGGCGGCGGCGCAGGCGGUAUAUGAGAUGUUGAGCUCGAUUGUGAAGAGGGGGAUGGGGGAGAUGGGAAGGGUGAAGGAUGUUGGGGGGAAGGAUGAGCUUUGA